UUUCAGCACCGUGCUGCAGGUUUUGUGUGUUUGCAGGUGUGUGUUUGUGUUUUCUGGUAAUCAUCACCACGUGGGCGCAAAACUCUGUUUACACAGUCGCGUUGUGGGGACCAAAAAUCAGGAAAACCUAUUUAAACGAAUAGAGGAGAUAUUCUGAAAUUGCUGGUGAAGUUUUAACAUUGGUCAAUAACACGUUUAUCAGUGUGCAUAGGGGGUGCUCAGUUGCACCCCCGAACAUUUCUGGCUCAUAAUGCACUGACUUCUCCACACACAGACACACACACACAUAUAUUCCAAAUAUGUUUGGGUACAACAAACUUCCUAGUUUUUGUUAGGAAGGAUUUCAGCAGCAAAAUGAAAAUGUAAGUGUUAAUAAAUUGACGCUACACACGGAGAACAAGAAAGAAGAUUAUUUGCAGGAGAUGCCAACUAAGGAUCUAAGAACUUGUGCAGAGGAUAAAAAGUGAAACCCAAGUCACCACGAAUCCGUUCCCUUAAGGAUGCCAUGCAUCAUGUUCUUUCAAAGACUGACAAAACUUUCAAAUUAGAAGUGAAGUAUAUCAGUGCAGUUAAAGGGCGUGGUCUGUUUGCGAAGGGUACCAUUUGCAAAGGUGAUUUUGUUGUUGAAUAUAGGGGAGAUAUAAUAAAUGAAGCAGAAUUGCAAAGGAGGAAAAAACGUUAUCACACAUCCAGUGCUGCAUUUAUGUUUGAGUUCAAGUGGAGAACGAAUACAUGGUGUAUUGAUGCCUCUAGAGAAGAUGGAUCGUUUGGGCGGAUAGUAAAUGAUGACCACAAACAUCCAAACUGUAAAAUGGAGAAAAUUGAUGUGAAUGGAAAACCACACCUUUGUUUGUUUGCCUUAAAUGACAUUAAAGAAGGAGAAGAAAUUACCUAUGAUUAUGGAGUAGAAGAUUACCCAUGGAGAACCCAAACGACCAGCAUUGCUGCUAAUACCAGGGAAGAAGGCGAAGAAGGGAAGAAGGCAAUAAUAAAAGACAAAGAUCUUCAAGAUUCUGAUGACAUCUUUGAUUCUACACCAGGGAGUUCAGAUUUUUACUUUACGGAUACUACUUCUGAAAGUGACUGUGACAGUGAUGCUAGUCUUACACCAAACCAGACAAAACUUCAGCUUCUUUAUGAUCAACUGGAUGUUGAUGACUCUGGCUCAGCGAGUUCACUUGACUGUGACACAACACCAGAUAAAAAGCACAGCCUUGCAUCUGAAGCAUCUGCAACAGAAGAACCAUGUUCAAGUCAGAGCGCAAUAGAUGGCGUAGUUGUUAGCGCAUACCAAAAAAAAGGUGUUAACAGAGUGUACAACAAGAGACAUUAUUGCUUGUAUUGCUCUAAACCUUACGCUAAGAUGGCAAGGCAUCUAGAAAGUUCACAUGCGAAAGAAUCUGAUGUGGCUAAAGCGCUAAGCUUUCCAAAAAGUUCCAAGGAGAGAAAAAAACAGCUUGAUUAUAUUCGCAACAGAGGCAACUAUGCUCACAAUGCUGCUGUGAUGGAAACAGGAAAGGGGGAACUAGUGCCAUAUAAACGACCACCUAAAGAAGCGCAGGGAAAAGAUUUCAUGCAUUGUGCAUACUGUCAAGGACUUUUUACGAGAAAGGUCCUGUGGCGACAUAUGCGCGCUUGUGGACUUCAACCUCAAUCGGUCCCCCUCAAACCAGGGAAAAACCGUGUUCAGUCCAUGUGUAUAUACACGGGGCCUGUGCCUUCAAACAUGACUAAACAACUAUGGGAAGUAAUAAGUGCCAUGAACCCUGACCCAAUCACAGAUGUAAUAAAAAAUGACAAAGUAAUUAUUGAUAUCGGUCAGCACUUGUUGAACAUAGGUGGGCUAUCAGCCAAGAAUAAACAAUGUGUGCGAGAGAAGAUGCGAGAAUUGGGAAGGUUGGUUCACAACGCUAGGAGAGUCACCUCCUUAAAAACAAUGGAAGAUUGUAUAAAUCCAAAAAAGUACAUGGAGACUGUCAAAGCUGUCAAGUAUACAUGUGGGUAUGAAUCCGACAAGUUCAUGAUUCCAUCACUUGCGAAGAAGCUCGGGAGCUCCCUGGUUAAAGUAAGCAAAUUCUUAAAAGCUCAGGGCUUAAUCUCAAAUGACGAAGAGCUUGUGAAGAAUGCCAGUGAGUUUCAACACGUCCAUCAGGAAAAGUGGAACGAGAUGAUCUUAGCUACAGCAUUAAGGAAUAUCAGGGAAGGAAAGUGCAACGUGCCCACUCUCAUCCCCUUUACUGAGGACGUCCAAAAAAUGCAUACAUUUAUCAAUCAAGUGCAAGACAAUUGGUACAAAUUACUCUCUGAAAGUCCCUCUGCUAAAGCCUGGAUGGAGCUGGCAAAGGUUUGUCUAGCCCAGAUAGUUCUCUUUAACCGGCAUAGGGGAGGAGAGGUGGCAAGCAUGCAUUUGUCUGCGUAUUUGUCAAGAGACGCUUCUGAUCCGCAUGAGGAUGUGGAGUGGGCGCUCUCCGAAGUCGAAAAAAAUCUCUGCAGACACUUCUCAAGGAUUAUCAUCAGGGGAAAGCAUGGUCGACUAGUUCCAAUUCUUCUGACUCCAAAAAUGCUGUGUGCCUUAGAACUCCUUGUUAAGCAGAGAGAGCCUUGUGGGGUUAUAAAAGACAAUGUUUAUAUGUUUGCAAGACCAGAAGCCAUGACACAUUUCCGAGGGUCAGACUGCCUCCGUGGCUUUGCAAAGGCGUGCGGUGCAAAGUGUCCCAAGUCACUGACAUCUACCAGAGUACGAAAGCAUAUUGCAGUCCUUUCAACAGUGCUGAAUAUGACAGACACAGAAAUGGACCAGCUGGCAAACUUUCUUGGACACAACAUAAAAAUCCAUCAUGAGUUCUGUCGACUCCCUGAGAAGACCCUGCAACUCGCCAAGAUCUGCAAAGUACUAAUGGCUCUCGAACAAGGAAGAUUAGCUGAGUUCUAUGGCAAGAACUUGGAUGAAAUUGUGAUAAAUCCUGAUGAAAAACUUCUGGAAAGUGGUUGGGAAGUCAGGAGCGUACAGGAGGGACACUGUUCAUCUUCUCUUUAUGAACUAAUUGCGGGGGAGACGCUUCCUCCUGCUGAGAGGAAUGAAAUGCCACCACCACCCAAAAGACAAAAACCACCGGAUGAAGAGGUUCCUUCAGGAGCCAGUGCUGUGAGGCCAUCGUUUAAAGGUAAAAUUACCCAUAAGAAAAAUCCCUGGCAGCAGACAGAGGUGCAGGCGGUGGAAAGGCACAUGAUGCGAUUCAUCACGUCUUUUACUGUACCCGCAAAGAGUGACUGUGAGAAGUGUUUAGAGGCUGAACCAGAAGCCCUAAAGAACCGGGACUGGAAGAACGUGAAAUUUUUUAUAUAUAAUCGCAUUACAGCCUAUAAAAAGACUUUGCAAUGCUAAUAAUAUGAAGCUUACCAUCUCUCUGGUAUGGCAGUUUUGUUUUUAUUAGCCUUUUCUUCUCUCUUCCAUUCACUUUUGAGGUAGGUGAAGUUGUGCUAGAAAUACCUACGCUGUUUCCUAAGAGGUCAAAACUCAUAGGAUAUUAAACAACUUUAUUGUUAGACCAGUGCUGAACGUACUGCAAACAUUUCAAAUAGAGUAUGUGUGAGGCAAAACAAAAAAAUAUUGCGUAUAUUAAACAAGAUUGCUAUAUGUUUUAUGGUGACUGAUGAAGGCCACAAGCUAAAAUGCACCCGUCUAACAAUAGCAAAAUUGUUAAACAAUUCUGGAGUUUUGACCUCUAGUUUUUAUGUUCUGUCUUAAGAAUUUUUUAUACUUUUUAAUAUAAAAAUAAUUUAUUAUGUAGGGUUUAUUUGACGUCAUUUGUUUGUAAAGUUGAACUCAUUAAAAGUUACAUUCAGUAAAUUAAGUGAUUUGAUGUCUCAAGGUUCAUUUAGUAGUCGUUAGUAGAUUUAUGGUAUUAUAAGUAUAAUGGAAACUAGUAGCUAGUGGUUGGCUGUGGAUAUACACUUCAGUCAUUACAGUUGAAUAAAAAAUAGUGAAAAUUGUAGUGAAAAUUCACUACAAUUUCAAUACCUCAUAUGUGAAUAGAGAACUUUUUCACUGCUUCAUCUGUACACUUCAGUCAUACUACUAUUCCUAUGAAACCUGGGAACAUCAAUUAAUCAAUCAAACCAAAAAUUCUGCAUGUUGUGAUGAUGACUACAUAAACAACUUAGGUGUUCUGUGCAGGGGUUUUGCAUCACUAGCACCAUUUGCAGGACCC